GCUUACCUAAGUAGGUACUUGAAUAAUUAACGAUAAUUAACCUCAAUCGUUUCAAUCGCCACGCCACUUUAUCUUCUAAUCCACAUCAACAAUCAAGAAUUGACCUGCGCACAUCGCAAAUGGCGUCUCUAUAUAGGAUUGCUAGUUGUGGUGCCAGGCGCCUACAGCUAGCUAGACCAGCCAUACGCGCCUUUUCCCAGACAGCAUUGCGCAAAGCCAACCAACUACCCAACGAGCGCACCACACUGCAGCCCGUUGACCCAGACUUCGCCCACCCCUCCGAUCCUUUUGGCGUCCAACGCCUCCAGAACCAAGAUGGCAGUGUUGAGGCCUCAAGAGAUGAUAGCAUAGCUGAACGAACGGUCCGCCAUUACACCGUCAACUUCGGUCCCCAGCAUCCCGCCGCCCACGGUGUGUUGCGCCUAAUCCUGGAGUUGAAUGGAGAAGAGAUUAUUCGAGCCGAUCCCCACGUUGGGUUACUACACAGAGGAACAGAGAAGUUGAUCGAGUACAAGACAUAUCUCCAGGCCUUGCCCUACUUCGACCGACUCGAUUACGUCUCCAUGAUGACCAAUGAGCAAUGCUUCUCCUUGGCCGUCGAGAAGUUACUCAACGUUGAGAUUCCCGAGAGAGCCAAGUACAUUCGCACAAUGUUCGGAGAGAUAACGAGGAUUCUUAACCAUCUUAUGUCCGUAUUGUCACACGCUAUGGAUGUCGGUGCUCUGACGCCUUUCUUAUGGGGUUUCGAGGAACGAGAAAAGUUAAUGGAAUUCUACGAGCGCGUCUCUGGUGCUCGCCUGCAUGCUGCCUAUGUCCGACCUGGUGGUGUUCACCAAGAUAUUCCUCUUGGUCUCCUUGACGACAUUUACCAAUGGGCCACCCAGUUCGGUGACCGAAUCGAUGAGACGGAGGAGAUGUUGACAGACAACCGAAUCUGGAUUCAACGGUUGCAAGGCGUUGGUGUGGUAUCUGCCGCGGAUGCCAUCAACCUUUCCUUUUCUGGUGUUAUGCUGCGUGGAUCCGGCGUGCCAUGGGACGUACGCAAGAGCCAGCCAUACGAUGCAUAUGAUAAGGUCGAGUUCGACGUCCCUGUGGGUAUCAAUGGUGACUGCUACGACCGAUAUCUGUGCCGAAUGGAGGAAUUCCGCCAGUCACUCCGAAUCAUCCACCAAUGCCUUAACCAGAUGCCCGCCGGCCCUGUCCGAGUUGAAGACUACAAAGUAUCGCCACCUCCGCGAGCUGCGAUGAAGGAGAAUAUGGAAGCCUUAAUUCACCACUUCCUGCUCUACACCAAGGGCUACUCUGUACCUCCUGGUGAUACCUAUUCUGCCAUAGAGGCGCCAAAGGGAGAGAUGGGUGUUUAUCUUGUGAGUGAUGGAAGUGAGCGGCCGUACCGUUGCCACAUUCGUGCCCCUGGUUUUGCGCAUUUGGCUGGUUUCGACCACGUUUGUAGGGGACAUUUGCUUGCCGACGCAGUGGCGGUAAUUGGUACGAUGGAUUUGGUGUUCGGUGAGGUCGAUAGGUAGGAAAACCCAGUCGAUAGUCGAAGGCAUAGAAAAAUAAAAGAUGAAUAAAAAAAGAAAUUCUUACGACGCAUAAGUAUAACUAGAGGGCUGGCUAGAAUUUUUGCUUAUCCCUACCUCCAGCCAAAAAAUACACAUUUGUACGAUAGGUAGCCAACCAAAUACGGGCCUUUAAGUACCUACUGAGGGUCAUUUCGCGUCUCCUUUUACGUUACCUAAUGAAUGCAUCUUAAAGCAAGCAUCGAGAGGCGCGAUUCGUUUACAGUAAAUGAGGGAGAAAAUGAAGAGAAAUAUUGAAAAGAAAAGAGAAGCGUUUUUAUGGGGGUUUUAUUUUUU